AUUGAUCAUUUUGAUUUGGUGAACAAGCAAAUUGAAAACGGUGUAGAAGGUAUUAUUGUUGGUGGCACAACUGGUGAAGGCCAAUUAAUGAGCUGGGAUGAACACAUCAUGCUUAUCGGGCACACGGUCAAUUGUUUUGGCAGUAAAAUCAAGGUUGUUGGUAACACCGGAAGUAACUCCACGAGGGAAGCAAUCCAUGCCAGUGAGCAGGGUUUUGCAGUUGGAAUGCAUGCUGCCCUUCAUAUAAACCCUUACUACGGCAAAACCUCCCUGGACGGUAUGAUUUCUCACUUCGAAAGCGUGAUUUCCAUGGGCCCUACAAUCAUAUAUAAUGUUCCUUCGAGGACUGGUCAAGAUAUUCCUCCUCACGUGAUUCAAACCUUGGCUCAAAGUGCUACCUUGGCCGGUGUCAAGGAGUGUGUUGGAAACGAUCGGAUCAAACAGUACACGGAUGAUGGCAUUGUUGUGUGGAGUGGCAACGAUGAUCAAUGCCAUGAUGCUAGAUGGGGCUAUGGUGCCACCGGAGUGAUAUCUGUCACCAGCAACCUUGUUCCUGGUUUGAUGCGAGACAUCAUGUUUGCAGGGAAGAAUCCAACAUUGAAUUCAAAGCUCCUUCCUCUGAUGGACUGGCUUUUCCAGGAGCCAAACCCGAUUGGUUUAAACACAGCUCUUGCCCAACUUGGGGUUGUCAGACCGGUUUUCAGGCUGCCGUACGUGCCGCUCCCUGCGGAGAAAAGGAUUGAGUUUGUGAACUUGGUGAAGCAAAUUGGCCGAGAGCAUUUUGUUGGAGACAAAGAUGUUCAGGUUCUUGAUGAUGAUGAUUUUAUCUUAGUUGGUCGAUAUUAGUUUAUUGUGUUACCUUACUUUGUUGUAGUUUGCAUUUUCAGAUGUUCUUAGUUGAGUUUUGUAUCCUUUUCCAGAUUUUGCCUAAGUUUUAAACCAAUUAAUGUACAAUAGAGUCGGUUAAAAUAAACCAAUAAUAAUACAAGUUGGUGUUUCUUUUAAGUAUC